AAGAUUAGAGAUUUCCAUCGCUGGAAGCACAGCGAAGUUCAAAAUUUAUGACAUCUUUCCGAGGUGCAGCGCUUUGCUCAUGGAUUCCAUGGAUCCUAAGUAUCACAUCUCCAUGGUGUAUCCAACUAAUCCAUGGAUUCCAUGGAUUCCAUGGAUCCUUUGCUCGCAGAGUGGAGCUGCAUGUGCAUCUGGACGGAUCCAUGGACUCCACAGAUCUUUUUGACAUUUGCAAAAACCGCGGCCUGGAGUUACCCGGAAUUGGAGUGCCACAAAGUUCUUCAGAUGUAAAGCAUUUCGUUGAAGGCUUCAGUGGAUGGCAUAGAUUUGAUGCAGUGAAUGAGAUCCUUGGCGGGGAUGUGAAAUCCAUUCAACUUGCGGCUGAGGCUUUUGUUGGUUUCCAGGCCAAAUCCGGUGUGCAAUACACCGAGGUUCGAUACGACCCUGUGCGACUUUCCCAUAGCAAGCUUGCAAACAUGUCAAUCUCUGAGGAAGAUGCGGUGAGAGCUGUGCAGGAAGGUUUGAGAGUUGGCUCUGUCAGGCAUCAAGUCGCAGUUUAUCAGAUCCUUUGCGCGAUGAGAGGAAGCAGCCCCCAGCAGUGCUUUAAUACUGCAAAUUUAGCAUUGAAGCUUUCGAGUCAAGACAUGGGAGGUGUUGUUGGUUUGGAUUUGGCUGGCGAUGAAACCGAUUUUCCAAAUGCUGCUUAUAUUGACUGUAUGCGACAUGCAAAACACGCUGGACUGAAUGUAACAGUUCAUUCUGGAGAGUUCAACACUACGCAGGCCGAUGAUGUCCGUUCUGCGGUGUUUUCGAUGCAUGCUGAUAGAGUAGGCCAUGGCUAUGCAGCAGCGCAAGACCCCCAGCUCCUGAUCGAAUUGAGACAAAGAGGAGUUCAUCUGGAAGCAUGUCCAAACAGUGCCUUACGUCAUGGUCCCUGGGCUUUGAAGGCAAUCAAAUCAUUCAAGAACCAGGUCCUGUUCGGACUGAACACUGAUGACCCUGCACCUUUGUUUGGGAAUACCACAGCUGAAGCUGACGAAGCCAUUGUUGAAGGCUUAAAUUUCAGCAGAGAAGAUAUUCAUGGAGCCUACGAAGCCGCCUUCCGUGCGCGUUUUGGCGCAAGAGAUGUGACAAGUCUCAUGACGAGCCUGGCAGAAGGAGCCAGUCUACAUGUUUGACAUUUGAAAGCCACAGGGCCAUCCUCGUGUGUCACCAAAAAAUGUUCGGCGCUGCACUUUCAUUUUGAG